CCAGAAUGUCCAGUUCCUUGUUCUCGUCAGACUUUGCCAAGGACGAUAAAGCACCCAGCUUUCUGAACACUUGUUGACAAGGGAGCAGAAUCUGGUACACCUGAGGUGUGGUGUCACAAUGCAUAAGAGCCAGAAGAGCGCAGGUGGAAAUACGGUGUUCUACAAAGCAGUACCAAAGACAGCGGAGGUGAGAUCUGGAUACCUGUUCAAGUCUCCUCCCCAAAAACUGCUGAAGACAGAGAAAUCAUGGAAGAAGCGUUACUUUGUGCUUUUCAAAAUCAGUGAACAAGAAUACCUACUGAAGUACUUCAGGAGUCGAGAUGAUAGGGACAUGCCGCUUGGAGGGAUAGACUUAUCACAGAUAUCACUGUUAUUUGUUGCCCCUCAAAACCACCAGAGAUGGGCAUGGGUCCAGAAAAGCUUCAAGUGUGCUCCAUCAUGUGUGCUCUUUAUCAAGGCAGCUGGCCGGGAAUACUUCCUUGUCGGGGAGACAAGUGAGGAAGUGGACGGCUGGUUCUCUGACCUGUUUGAGGCCCUGAAGAAUCGGCCACAUAAAUGUCUGAAUUCAGAGGAACUGCCAAAUGUGAAUCAAACAAUAGAGGUUAUUUCAAAACCCUUUAUGCGGAAAAAGGGUUCUGCCACAGUGCCUGAACAGCCAAUGCUGAAAAUUCGGUCCCACUCUGAUCCAUCAUCCAAUGCUUUGGAUAAUGACACUGCAGAAUCAGAGACUGAAGAAAAUAUCAGAAGACCUACAUCAGAGCCUUUUAAUCAAAUCUACGACACUCCCAGAGCCUACUUAUCACCAUCAGCAGCGUACUAUGGCACCACCCGUCGCAAAAGCAUGGACUCAGUAUAUGUGUUGAUGACGGAAUUAAGACAUGCACAAGUGACUCUGGCAGGGGACCGUGAAGUUGAGCAAGUGACCGGAGGCACCCUGAUGAGGUCUGUCACGCAAGUCUUUGACAAGCUGAAGACUCGGAUUUCCCCACUUCCUCUAUUCGAUGAGGAGACGUACUCUGAGGACAGAGGUAAAAACACACGUCCACUGUCAGAUAUCAGCACCAGUUCCAGUGACAACGGUGCCAUCUCUCCUGACGAUAUGCUUGAUGCACCAAUUGUGCCAACACUGGAAGAAGGAAGCUCUUCUGAAAGCUUUGACACCAUCACCCCAGAGGAGAGAGACUUCGAGAUCAAGCAGGGAGAUUUGAAAAAGCACCUGACACUAACAGAUGUGGAUGGGAAACCAAGCGUGUCUGCGUGGACAGGCCAGCCGCAGACUGUGUGCCUCUUUCACAAAGGAGACGCAAUUCUGGCAAUCAAUGACUUGCACUGCGCCACCGUGGAUGAGUUCAACAUGUUCCUCAGCAAGUCUCUCAAGAAUGAGGUGAAAGUGACCAUCCUGCGCUGGCCUGGAUGCCCACCGCUGCAUUCAAACGGCCACUGCAUCGAAUGAAUGCAAACUAAACAUGAGAGUUACUUCCGCAAUAUGUUGGUUUGUACCAUGUAUUGACUCCCUUACAAACGGACAGUAUGGACGGGAUGUAGGCAGUUCCUGUUGAUCUAUCACUCUAAGGUUUACCUGAUUCAAACGUCUAGAGGAAGUUCAAAUGAAGUAGAAAAUGAUUUCCAAAUCUCAUGACUCACGUUAUAUGAGGACAGAUCAAAAACAUUUAGUUGCCAAUGACUUGCAGUUUUAGCAGAGAUUGACCUUUAAUAAUGUCAUUAUGUAUCGUAGCGACUAGAUAAGCUGUACGGGGAAGGAAACAAAGGCAAGGGUUUUACUGAAACAUUUCCUCAUACCACCUUUGUGAGAACAUUCUCACAACGCCUUGACCCAAGAAAGACAAAUGUAUUUUUUUAAUACAAGGCCUAAUGUGUAGAAAAUGGUAUUAUGCACUUUGUAAGAAAGAUAUUUUUUUAUAAUUAACCUCUAUCCAAGAAGAGAGGAAGUGACUUAAAGUGAUUUGAAGAACAUGAAGAUGAUGUAAGGCUUAAGAAAAGAUGCUCUGAAUCAACAUUUAUGAUCCAAAUGAAGGAAUUAAAUAUAUGUAUAUCAUGUAAA